AUGGAGGAGUCCGAGGCCAUGGACACUGACAUCGAGACCUCCUCAGUGGACGAGGCUGAAGCAAUGGAGAUCGACGAGGCCCCACCUCCGCGAGAUUGGUGUACCCAGUACCUCGACUGGAUGAUCCGAGGGGUCUUACCCUCGGACCGCGCUCAGGCGCGGUGCAUUGCUAGGCGAGCCAAGUCCUUCGUCUUGAUCGACGACAAACUGUACAAGCGCAGUCCCUCAGGCAUUCUGCAAUGGUGCAUCUCCAUCCCCGAGGGCAAGGAGCUGAUCCGAGACAUCCACACCGGCAUCUGCGGUCACCACACCAUGCCGCGCACCCUCGUAGGCAACGCGUUUCGGCAGGGCUUUUACUAG